AUGGGUCAGCAGAAGGCCAAGCCGCAGGGGGAGGUCCGGGUGCUCAUUCUGGGCCUGGACUCGGCUGGGAAGUCCACCCUGCUGUACAAGCUGAAGCACAACGAGGCGGUCCUCACCGUGCCGACCGUCGGCUUCAACGUGGAGAUGGUGGAGACGGAGAGGCGGCUGCCGUCGCUGACGGUGUGGGACGUGGGCGGGCAGCGGGCCAUGAGGCCGCACUGGGAGCAGUACUUUGAGGACACGGCGGGCGUGGUGUUCGUGGUGGACGCCGCGGACAGGAGGCGCCUUGGCGAGGCGAGGCAGGAGCUGGAGCGCGUUCUGAAGAGCGAGCACCUCCGCAGGGCUCCCGUGGUGGUCCUGGCCAACAAGCAGGACGUCCCGGGGGCAGCGGAUGCCGAGGAGAUCACCCAGCGCCUCGCGCUCCGGAAGGCGUGCGGCAACAGGCCGUGGUUCGUCCAGCCCUGCUCGGCCCGGUCCGGGGCCGGCCUGGAGGAGGGCUUCCGCAGGAUGGUCCUUCUGAUCAAGACCCCGUCGCUGCUGGACAACCCCAUCAGAGACACGGUCAACAGCCUGCGCUCCUCCAUGUCCGCCAUGUCGCACAGGCAGCGAUAG